CUGGGAAUCUCAGGAUAUGAUCUCACUGCAUAUACUUCAGAAAUUAAGGAACUUCUAAAGGUAGAGAAACAAAAACAGAUUGAGAAGCAGACAUUUGAAUAGAUUUAUUAAGUUUACCUGCAGUUACAGCAGUAAGUAAAAGUGAAACUAAACUGCAGAUUUAGCAGAAGCCAUUACUGAGCUCAGAACAGACGGAGACAGAAUGGCGUCUGGAUCUCCUUCUCUCCUGGAAGAGGAGCUCUCCUGUCCUGUGUGCACUGAAAUCUUCAGGGAUCCUGUUGUCCUGAGUUGCAGUCACAGCUUCUGUAAGGCCUGUCUGCAGCAGUACUGGGAUCAGAAGGGAUCUCUGGAGUGCCCAGUUUGCAGGAGAAGAUCUUCAAAGGACCUUCCUCUCAUUAACCUGUCUCUGAAGAAUAUCUGUGAGGCGUUCUUAAAGGAGAAAAGUCAGAGAGCUAAAGCAGGAUCUGAAGUGUUCUGCAGUCUGCACAGUGAGAAACUCAAAGUCUUCUGUUUGGAUGAUCAAAUGCCCAUCUGUGUUAUCUGUCAAACUUCCAAAAAACAUGAAAGCCACAAAGUGCGACCAGUUCUGGAGGCUGCAGAGGAGUAUAAGGAGAAACUCAGGACUGCACUGGCUCCACUGCAGGAGAAGCUAAAAGCCUUUAAUGCAGUGAAACUCACCUGUAAUCAAACAGCAGAGCACAUCAAGAGCCAGGCCCAGCACACAGAGAGACAGAUAAAGAUGGAGUUUGAGAAACUUCAGCAGUUCCUAAAAGAUGAAGAGGCAGCCAGGAUCACUGCACUGAGGGACGAAGAGGAGCAGAAGAGUCGGAUGAUGAAGGAGAAGAUUGAAAAGAUGACAGAAGAGAUGUCAUCCCUUUCAGAACAGAUCAGAGCCUUAGAACAGGAGCUGGGAGCUGAAGACAUCUCAUUCCUGCAGAGCUACAAGGACAUACAAAACAGAGCCCAGUGCAUCCUGGGGGAUCCAGAGAAGGUCUCAGGAGCGCUGAUUGAUGUGGCCAAGCACCUGGGCAAUCUGAAGUACAGAGUGUGGGAGAAGAUGCUGGGGACUGUUCAAUACACUCCUGUGACUCUGGACCCAAACACAGCAAAUCCCGAACUCUCACUGUCUGAGGAUCUGACCAGUGUGAGAGGCAGUGGUGAGAGACAGCAGGUUCCUGAUAAUCCAGAGAGACUUGAUUGGGGUUGGGUGCUGGGCUCUGAGGGAUUCAGCUCAGGGAGACACUGCUGGGAUGUAGAAGUGGGGGGUGAGUACUGGCGGGUGGGUGUGGUUAAAGAGUCCAUCAACAGGAAAGAGCGUGUGGAUCUGAGCCCAGCAGGAGGAGUGUGGAGUAUAGUCCUGUGCAAUGGGAAAUACUAUGCCAGGACCUUCCCUCCUACACUCCUCACAGUGCAGAGGGACCUCCAGAGGGUCAGAGUGCAGCUGGACUGGGACAGGGGGGAGGUGUCAUUCUCUGACCCCUGUAACACUCCUCUCUACACUUUUAAACACUCCUUCAAUGAGAGACUGUUUCCAAUCUUUAUGGGGAUUGUGCGGAUCUGUCCACUGGCUGUCUCUGUAAGUGUAAAAUAGCACUGUGGGAUUGUUUCUAAACAUCAGUUGCAGUCAAAGGACUGUAUUUGAUCAACUCAGAGCAGGUUUACUACAAAUGUUAUAAACAAAAAAACAUUACAAAAUAUUGUCUAUUUGAAAUGUAAAUAGAAACAUUGUAUUGUGCUUGAUGAGAAAUGUCUAAUCUCUCUGAUAUAACCUCAGAAUGUUAUUACUGAGUAAUUCCUGUGGUAUAUGGUGGUACUGUAAGUACACUGGUGUGUGUGUAAUGAGUUGGGGUGUAAUAAAUACACCAGUGGAAUCA